CCAAAGACUCGCCCGAACAAAACACAACAAAACAAAACACUACUCUCCUCCUAAAGUCUAAACUCACUAAGAUUUGAUCAGCAGUAGCAGUAAUGGCUCUGUUUGCUUCAGUCAAAAUCUGUCCACUUUCUAUAUCAUCAACCCCAAUACGUCGACGUACCAGCUUCCAAUCUCCUGUGGCUACUCUAAGUUCAUCAUCUUCUUCACAUGAAUCAGUAACUCCACUGCAAGCUACCAGUAGUAGUGGUACUGCUACUACAUCCCAUGAUGCUUCAAAGAACCCUUCAAAGCCGCCUUUUGUGGAGUCUUCUAGCUUCAACUAUGCAAUUCCUAAUAAUCCAGGUGGCAGCAACCCAGUUGUCCAGUUCGUUCGCGCUACUGAAUCGAAUAUUGAAAGGAUAAUUUUUGAUUUCCGGUUCCUGGCACUUUUUGCUGUUGCAGGUUCAUUGGCUGGUUCACUCUUAUGCUUCUUAAAUGGCUGUGUUUACAUUGUUGAUGCAUACAAAGUUUAUUGGUCAAGCUGUUGUAAAGGAAUUCACACAGGACAAAUGGUUCUAAGAUUAGUUGAAGCUAUUGAUGUUUAUCUUGCUGGAACUGUGAUGCUCAUUUUCGGGAUGGGCUUAUACGGAUUAUUCAUCAGCAAUGUGCCUCCUGAUGUUUCUCCCGAAGUCGAUCGAGCCCUGAAAGGCUCUUCCUUGUUUGGAAUGUUCGCACUAAAGGAGAGGCCGAAAUGGAUGAAAAUCUGCUCACUAGAUGAACUGAAGACAAAAGUAGGACAUGUGAUUGUUAUGAUUCUUUUAGUGAAGAUGUUUGAGAGGAGCAAAAUGGUGACAAUAGCCACUGGCUUGGAUCUCUUAAGCUAUUCUAUUUGUAUUUUCUUGUCAUCUGCUUCUCUUUACAUCCUUCACAAUCUGCAUAAGUAAGAUUCUCAUUAACAUUACAUAAUGUGAUUAAUAUAGAUUUACUUUAAUUUUUUUCCUGUAAUAUAACUCUGUAAUUAUCACUGGAAUACAAAUGUUUGCUGAACGAUAUUGCAGACUGUAGCAUUAUAAGAACUUUUACUGAGAGAAUGUAUCUUCUUUUAGAGAUA